GAGACCCUGCGCAGUUCCAUCCAAGCCGAGACUACCCACCACCCCAGCGCCCAACACCUCUACCACAAUGGCCAACUCAUCACCGACAACUCAAAGACGCUGGCAGAACUGGGGAUCGCCGAUGGCGACAUGCUCGCGCUCCACGUUCGCGACAUGCGCGGCAGCACGACGGUUCCGGCAUCAGGCCGGCAUGCCGGCCAGGGCGGGGCCCGCGGUGCGGCGCGGCGCCCUGCGGAGCAAGACCCAGAAGUGAUCCGGCUGCAGAUCCUCGGGGAUCCGAACCUGAGGGGCGAGCUGGCCCGGUCGAGACCUGACCUGGUGGCCGUGCUGGAGGACCCGCAGGCGUUCGCCCGCCUGUUUGCCGAGAGCCUCGAGCGGGAGCGGAGAGAGCGCGAGGAGCGCAGUCGCCAGAUCCAGAUGCUGAACGAGGACCCAUUCGACCCCGCGGCCCAGGCCAGAAUAGAGGAGAUCAUCCGCCAGGAGCGCGUCAUGGAGAACCUGCAGAGCGCCAUGGAACACAACCCCGAAGGUAAUACUACCGCGCGCCGCCUGACACUGUAGCAAUUUCUCUUCGGUGCCGCUGCUAACCUAUCCU